AUGGCGCAUCAGUCGUCUGGAUCGUCUGUUAUCAGACGUACAAUUUCUACCACCCUCUCUACCGUGCACCAGGGCGUAGCAUUUGAAAAACGCUCACUGCGGCUGCUUGAAGAAAACCUGUCUAUGUCGCUUCGACACGUCGGAGGCAAGUCUGACGGUGGGAUCGACCUCCAGGGCUGGUGGUGGCUGCCUGAGGUGGCUCUCUGUCUGCGUUCUCAGUCCUCAAUAGCGCGCCACGAGCAGGCGCGUCGUAUGCGCAUCCGUGUGCUGGCACAGUGCAAGGACGAGAAGAAAAAACUAAGCCCCAAGUACGUGCGGGAGCUCGAAGGGGUGCUCUUCAGAUACACGGCUCGAUCUAGCUACGGGGAGCUGUCGCUGUCGCUGCGCUCCACUGCUCCGGUAGAUGCACGCACAGCAGAGUCCGGUCUUUCGCCUUUGGACGAUGGGCAGGAUUGGAGCGCGGACGACGCAGAAAAUACUUCAAGUCCUCUUGUUGGCCUCCUCAUCUCCUCGUCCCCAUUCACAAAAGCGACUCUCCUCCGUGCACAUUCGUCUCCGGUCCCCCUCGCGCUCCUACAUAUUCCAUCAUUAUCGGUUCCACUGUCGCUCACUACAGUCGACCAAGAGUUACAUCAAGAACGCGGUGAAGACGCCAACGUAGUGGAUUCCGCUCAUGAAAUCGGUUCGCUCGUUUUUAAUCCUGCUCUAGGGAGCACAUCAGGCCUGCUCCGUGGACGCGUGCAGCCGCGAUGGGAGCGCUCACUUUCGGGUACAGGCCUUAGUGGGCGACCUGGGCUUUGGUGCGACGGGCAACGAUUGAGAAGUUGGACGCCGAAGAUAUGA